UCUAACUGUGUAGAGACUAAAGAUGGCUGAAGCUUCUCCAUGCACAAGCCGGUUCUUCUGUCACAGAUGCUCACUGGAGAUUAUUCCUCGGCUCCCCGAAUAUAUGUGUCCACAAUGUGAGUCUGGAUUUAUUGAGGAGCUGCUGGAAGAGAGAAGUGCUGACAAUGGGUCCAUGUCCACCAUCUCCAGCGGACCCCAGAACCAACAACCAUUGGAGAAUAUGGAGCAGCAGUUAUCUAUGUUCCCCUCCGGCUUUGGUCAGUUUUCCGUUAGCCUCGUUGAUGACGCCUUUUACCUUGGGCUUGGGCUUGGACUAGGGACAGAGGUCAAUCGGGAUGCUGAAAACCAGCCAGAAAGGGACAUGUCGUCUCGGCAGCGAUACGGUGCCAGGCAGAGUAGAAGUCGUCAUGGUUCAAGACGGCAAGCAGGAAGGCACGACGGAGCUCCUACUUUAGAAGGUAUCAUCCAACAACUUGUGAAUGGAAUAAUUGGAUCUCCUGCAAAUAUUGGUGUUGGGGCCUGGGGGGUUCUCCACUCCAAUCCAAUGGACUAUGCUUGGGGUGCUAAUGGACUUGAUGCUAUUAUAACACAGUUAUUAAACCAGUUUGAGAACUCAGGGCCACCGCCUGCUGAUGGUGACAAAAUAAAAAGUCUUCCUACAGUGGAAAUUACCGAUGAGCAUGUUGCCUCAGGACUGGAAUGUCCAGUGUGUAAAGAAGAUUACAGUGUUGGAGAAAACGUGCGACAGCUCCCCUGCAAUCACAUGUUUCACAAUGAUUGCAUAGUCCCCUGGCUGGAACAGCACGACACUUGUCCAGUAUGCAGGACGAGCUUGAGUGGACUGAACACGGCAACAAACCCUCCAGAACUCUCAGAGAUGAACUUUACAUCCUCCCCUUCCUCCUCGUCCUCAUCGUCGUCCUCCUCCUCCACCUCUUCUUCCCCUCCGUCCUCAGAUUCCACCAGCAAUGAGAGCUCCACUGAUAACUCGUAGGCAGGGUAUUUGUAUCCGUCACCUCAUGAGCCGGUUUCUGCUCCUCGGCUGAGCAGUGACCUCCAGUCCCUCCCUUCUGUAGGGCAGAGGCCUGAGUGCAUAUCACCAGGAUCACUCAGGCCUGUUUCAGGGGUAAGUGAUACAUGUGUUUAUGUAUUUCUGCCCGCUGUGUCCCCUCCCUGCCCCACCUCCACCACCUUCAUCAGGAACGUGAACAAUGGAAGGGCAGACGCCUGCGGUGCAGCUUCUGACUGGGAGGAUGUGGAAAAGCGUGAAAACUUCAAGAGAUACAUGGAGCUCAAAGCACCUCUUAAAAGAGGAGAAUCCAAAGGUAGAAGACCAGGAGCGCCAAGACAAUGUACCAGUGUUUUUGUAAACCUCCAGCCUUGGUUGAUGUAAUAUGGCCCACUUUUGCGAUAGGCAAAACGAAUGGGUAUUCUUUUUUGUAAUAAGUUGCGUUAAAAUCUUUUGAGUGCACAGCUUCAGUGUGCAUUCAAAUGUAUUUAUGGUGUGAGUGAAUAUUACACUUCAAUAUCUUUCCAAUUAAAAUUUACAAUAGUUUGUAGAAUUGUUUAUUUUGAACAAGCGAUUUUAUCUAAUGAAUUGCAGUGAUUGUUUGAAUAAAACUAGUCUUUCUUUUGGGUUCAGUCCGUGCUAACCUAAGUAUUUAAAAAAAAAAACAAACAAAAAAAACGUGAGAUUCCUUUUAAUCUCAGCUGCUGCAGGUUUUUUUUUUGACAAAAUC